GGGAAUAAUGUAAGCGACUUGAAGAAAGGCGAAAUGGAAAUCAAGAUAUUCUUCCACUUUGAAAAACUUAUUGAGAAAUGUUAUGCACUGAAGGAAGAAAUGAAAAACGGCACUGUACGGAAGACUAUCACCAGCAAUUCCCAGCUCUUGAAGCUUGUUGAAGAUGAAGAGCUGAAUCAGUCUCUCCUAGAUUGCACACUUGAAGAGGUAGACACUGUUUCUAGGAGUGUCCAAUAUGACCUCCGAAGGAAGCUCAGCUUCUUCAAGAUGAUUGUUAAAAGAAAGGAGACUACUGGAGAGCUAUUCAACAGAGUUCAAAAGUAUGUGCAUAUGAUAGAACUUUAUCACAUUAACCUCCACUCUAAUCUUACUGAUAUUGAUGACAAGGUUAAGAAGACUUGGGAAAAUGCCUCCUCUCACGAAGGCGAAGACCAUAAUGUAUCUAUUACUGGCUCUAUUGAGGAACACAAGGACUUUACCAUUAAGAAGUUGAUCCAGAGCAAUAUUGACAAGAAUAAAUUUGGGGUUGGUGCCAUACAAUGAUUCCCGAGGCUGAACUGUAAGAUCAUCGGGCUACGAAGCGUCAAAGGAAUGGAUGGAGUCGACUUCAUGCUCAAUAAAAAGGAAGUGCGCCUUACUUAUCUCAAGCAAGAUGACGCUCUUGAGGCUCUCUGGUUGGACGCAGAGAAUUAUUCGUCAAUUAAUUCUAUCAUUAAUGGGCAGAAUAGAUGCGAAAUUAUCAAAACUAUUGGAAAAGGAGGGUUCUCAUUGGUGUAUCUUAUAAGGAACUAUAAGUUAUCGAAGAAUAGGAUAGGCUUUGGCUCCAGACUUAUCACCUUGGCAGCAUCCCCUGGAGGGAAUAAGGACCCAGAGUUUAAUAAGUUCAGUAGAGCAGUUGAAGCUACAGCUUUUGCUAAGAGCCAGAGUGCAUAUAGUCAUGAUACUCAUUCAACUGCUAUUUAUGCUCUAAAGUCGAUGGAUAAGGCUCUGAUCUCACAGUUUAAGCAAGCUGAUCACGUAAUGAACGAGAAGGAAAUUCUGAGUGCAUUAGAUCAUCCUUUUAUAAUGAAGAUGCAUUAUUCCUUCUCUACAAAGAAUUACUUGAAUCUUGUUCUAGAUUUUUGCCCAGGAGGGGAGCUAUUCUUCCACAUUUCCAAGCACAAACAGUUCUCUGAAGGGAUGGCAAAGUUCUAUAUUGCCGAGGUUAUCUUGGCCAUUGAGCAUCUACAUGACAAAAAUAUCCUAUAUAGGGACUUGAAGCCAGAAAAUGUCCUGAUUGAUUACGAUGGGCAUAUAAAACUGACAGAUUUCGGCCUCUCUGCGAUGAACUUCGGCAAGCACUCCACAGCAGACAUUUUCUGUGGAAGUCCUGAAUACAUGCCCCCAGAGAUGAUCCUCAGGAUGAGAUACAACAGAAUGAUAGAUUUCUACGCGAUUGGUGCCUUGCUUUAUGAAAUGAUUUCUGGAAUUCCCCCGUUUUAUUCAGCUAAGAGGAAAGAACUUUUCCAUAACAUUAUCACUAGGGAUGUGAAAUUCUACAAUGAGUACUCCUCAGCUGUAAAAGAUCUCAUCCGGAGACUCCUAACCAAGGACUUCACGAAGAGGCUAGGCUGAAAGCACGGGAUGGUUGAGGUUAAGAGCCACCCUUUCUUCGCAGAAGUUAACUGGAAAAAGCUUGAGAUGAAAAAGAUCCCUCCACCUUAUAAGCCUUCUAUGAGAGAAAUGAACUUUUCAAGCGAGUUUACUUCGAUUCCUGUUACUUUCAACUUUGAAGAAGAGAUUAUGAGGAAUGAGAGAAGGCUUAGUGAGAAUAAAAGCCAGUUGGCUCAGACUCCAGCAGCCAGACAAGCAUCUGAUCUGAAGCAAUCUCUCAAUGAGAUUUUGAAUACUCCUCAUGAAAGUAAUAAUAAAAGAACAUUUAAAUCAAAACGAAAGUACUCAGAUCCUGACAAAAGGAUCAGCCAAGCUAUGGGCCUCAUGAAGGUGUCAUGAGCUGAGCUAGACAAUUCGAUUUGCUUUGACAAUAGCAUAUCUGACCUUUCCCAGAACGAGGAAGAGAAGUAUUACUCAGACCAGUUUUCCAAAUUUGAGCUACCCAAGAGGUCAGAUAAGAAGGCUACAUUUGUGAAGCCCCAAGCGAGUAUGAUCCAAGAAGCCUCUGCUGCAGAUGACUUGCCCUUUUCGGAAGUUGACUAUGAGUCUCCAGAGGUAUACAGAAAAGCUCAGAUCCAGGCUAAGUUUAGAAACUCUGUUAGAGUAUCUAAAGAGGAGAGGGAGAGAAUUUCUUCAGUCAAUUUUGGAGAUUAUCAGCAGGAAUUCCAGAAGAGGCCCUCCAGGUCUAUCGGUCCUUCAGCUGGCAUUGAUAUCACUGAUUUGUUCGCUAAUGCUGUGAUAUCAGAGAGAGUUAGGAAGGAUCCAAGGGAGAUCGAGAAUCGUGACUUCAAAUCAAGAUCGAACAGCAUCAAGCUAUUUGAGGUAGUACAAGAAAGGCUCUCUGAAGAGUCAAAUGAUGAUUGCAAUGUUGAGGUUGAAGAUGACGAUGAUGACACAUAUGUUAAUCAUACCAGAUCAAUCCCUGUUAAAGCCCAGAGAAAAUCUGAAGAGAGCGCUAGUCAUCCAAGCUUUCUUUGUAACUCUAAGUUCACUCAUUUGGUCACAAUGAUGGACACUCUGCAUGCUGAAGAUGGAAAGAGUGACGAAGAUCUGGAAGACACCUUUGAAAUGCCAGAUCCUCAAUCUGGAAAUUAUGAUCCGAAUUUUCAACUUUCGAAUGUAGCUUACCUAGUGAGGGAAUCAAAAGCUAAGCUGUGCAGUCCUAAGAACUUGAACAAAACCCUUCAUCCAGGCUCGCCUUCAGUGUCAAGUUUUGCAUCUCCGGGCAAAUGUAGGAAGCUUUUAAUUAACCAUUCUUUGUCAAACCCAGAGGAAGUCCAAGAAGAAUAUGGGGUUAGAAACAACAUCUCAUCUCUAUUCCCUUCUAUUUGAGAGGAAUAUUCAGAACAAGAUAAACCUAAGAGCGUUGCUAGAGAAUCUUGCACUCAAGGGAAAUUUAGCCAUGUGAAGCUAUUCGAGGCCUCUCCAAAAGCGCCUUCUAAGUGGGAUGACUCUGUUAGAGAAGACACUAGUCCAGGUAUUCCUCAGGAGGUUCAUAAAUUUAAGUUAAGCAACUCAGAUUCUAGAGAGAAGACAUAUUUCAAGCUCUCUGCUCGGAAGCAUUAUUACUCUGGUAUAAAGAUGACUGAGAUGGGCAAGGUUAACAAAUUCCUUCAAUGCAAGUUUUAGUUUUAAUUUGUAGAUAAACAUGAGCUAAAUACUACUUCAAAGAAGAAAAGUCGGGUAAAGAAUCAGCUAUCUCAUAAUAUUCCAU